AUGUCAGGACGCGAUGCCAUAAAUCGAGCAUUUGCCAACAAUUCGCAACUACGAAAGAGAAUCUUUGACGCCAUCGACGCAACUCCGCAGCAUGCGCCCCUUUUCGAGGACAUUGCAUCCUACCACCUCCAUUCACAUCAAGUGAACGGCUCUGCACAGGACGAACCCGCGUCCAAGAAGCGCAAACUCCCGGACGGCUCCUCUCUUCCCCUCGCGCAGACGGCGCGGAAAAGUGACCAACCGCGCGAGGUGGUCUUUGAAGCAAGAGACAUCUCAUUCUCGCUCCCGCAACGAAAAAAGCUACACCUGGGAAUCGCGCAAUAUGGGGCAGACAUCAACGGCGCGGACACAAAAUUUGCCAUUUACACCAGGAAUCCUGCCAGCAAUGAGGUGGAGAUGGAAGUGCCCCUGGACCAGGUCACCUACGCCCUGAGACUGCCUAUACCUGAGAAGGCCGCGAAGCAAUACAACUUUGUGUUACUCCUGAAGCCAGACUCGAACAACAACACUGACGCCAUCAUCUGGGCUGUCAGUGACGGCCCGCUCAAGUCGGGUCACAUCCCCAGCAGUGACCUUGCUAAAAUCGCGCCUGGCCCUGAUGACAUGCUCGAAAACGCGCUGGGUUAUCUGCUGCAAAAGAGCGGGAAAAGCCUCACACUCCCUACCGCGGAGGAAUUCUCCAGUGCCAAACCCGAAUCCCAUCGGAAAGGCGAUAAAGCGUAUCAUGUCAAAGCCUUCCGCGGGAGUAAGGACGGAUACCUCUUCUUUUUGAGCAAUGGCAUUUUCUUUGGAUUCAAGAAACCGCUCUCUUUCUUUGCGUUUGAAGACGUUGAAAGCAUUUCUUACACAUCCGUGCUGCAGAGGACAUUCAAUUUGAACAUCGCCUAUCGAGCCAGCUUAGCGGAUGGGACUAAUAGUGAAGAAAUUCAGGAGGUCGAGUUUGCCAUGUUGGAUCAGGCUGAUUUUCCGGGGAUUGACGCCUACGUUAAGCGGCAUGGUCUACAGGAUGCCAGUCUUGCCGAGUCGAGGCGGGCAAAGAAGCUCAAUGCGACGGCCAACGGCAAGAGUGCAACACAGAACGGCGCUGAAGGCAAUGCAGAAGGUGACGAAGACGACCGAACCGAGUUGGAAAAAGCCCAGCAACAGCUUGAUGAGGAAGAGGAUGAGGAAGAGGAAGAUUACGACCCGGGAAGUGAAGGGGAGAGUGAAGGUAGUGGCGCUUCGGACGAAUCGGACGACGAGUAUGAUCACGAGUAUGAGCGGGAGAGAAAGAAGAUGAAGGGACGGGAUCUGAUCAAGGAAGAACUCGGCAGUGAAGCAGAGGACGUGAGUGUUACAGAAGACGAAGACGGUGAUGGAGAAGGAGAUGAAGAAGGCGACGAAGGCGAAGAAGGUGACGGAGCAGGAGAUGAAGAGGAUGAGGAAGCACCCGGCGACGAAGACGACGGCUAUGACGAGGAACACGUGUCCGAUCAAGUCCCCAUCCACGAGAAGAAUGUCGCCGUAUCAGGAGGAACAGAAACCCGUAGCGCGAACUGGGGCUAUGAAGAGGGCAUGCCCGACCCUGACGACGAGGAUCAACUGUGA